CCCUAGAAGUGGGGCCGGACCUGCCCUCCAGUGCCGCCAUUGACCGCUGGCUGGGGGAGCCCAUUAAGGCGGCCUUGCUCCCCACCAGUCUCUUCCUCACCAAUAAGAAAGGGUUCCCAGUGCUCUCCAGAGCCCACCAGCGCUUACUGGGCCGCUUGCUUAAGCUGGAGGUGCAGGUGGUGCUGAGCGGGGCCCCCCGCCAUGGGGGGAAGCCCCUGGGCUCGUACCUGCAGUACCUGGAGCACCUGGGCCAGCACCGGCCCCCCCCCUCCGCCUACGACCUCUUCGCCCGCGGCUACGAGGACUACCUGCAGAGCCCCCUGCAGCCCCUUAUGGACAACCUGGAGUCGCAGACCUAUGAGGUGUUCGAGAAGGAUCCAAUCAAAUACUCCCAAUACCAGCAGGCGAUAUAUAGGUGCCUGCUGGACCGGGUGCCUGAGGAGGAGAAGGACACCAAUGUGCAGGUGGUGAUGGUGCUGGGGGCCGGGCGGGGCCCGCUGGUGAGCGCCGCCCUCCGAGCUUCCCGCCAAGCGGGGCGGCCAAUCAGGAUCUACGCCGUGGAGAAGAACCCCAACGCCGUGGUCACGCUGCAGAGCUGGCAGUACGAGGAAUGGGGGGCGCAGGUGACGGUGGUGGCGCAGGAUAUGAGGGGCUGGAGCCCCCCCGAAGGGGCCGACCUGGUGGUGUCCGAGCUCUUGGGGUCCUUUGGGGACAAUGAACUGAGCCCCGAGUGCCUGGAUGGGGCCCAGCACUGCCUCAAGGCGGGGGGGGUGAGCAUCCCCUGCUCCUACAGCUCCUUCCUGGCGCCCAUCUCCUCCUCCAAGCUCUACACCGAGGUGCGGGGCUGCCGCGAGAGGGACCGGGACCCAGAGGCCCAGUUCGAGAUGCCCUACGUCGUCCGCCUCCACAACUACCACCAAUUGGCCGCCCCCCAGCCCUGCUUCACCUUCCAGCACCCCAACCCCGAGGCAGCCAAUGACAACAGCCGGUACCGCCUCCUGGCCUUCCGGGUCCAGGUCGACUCCGUGCUCCACGGCUUCGCCGGUUACUUCGAGACCACGCUCUAUGGGGACAUCACCCUCAGUAUCCGCCCGGAAACGCACUCCCCGGGGAUGUUCUCAUGGUUCCCCAUCUUCUUCCCCCUCAAGCAACCGUUACCGGUAAAGGCAGGCGAGGAGGUGACCGUGGCCUUCUGGCGCUGCUCCACCCCGAAGAAGGUCUGGUACGAGUGGGCCGUGACGGCUCCCGUCCCUUCCGCCCUUCACAACCCCACCGGCCGCUCCUACACCAUCGGCCUCUGACCAAUAAAACGCCUUUGCC